GAGGAUCGACUUCUUCGUUUGUGGCCACGAGGUUUUGUGGUGAAAAUUAAGUUUACCGGGUGGAAAAGGCCCCCUAUUUUUGUAGUUAUACAAAAAUGCCCUCCAGCAACCCGUUGCCACCCAAAGAAAAUGCCUUGUUUAAGCGAAUCCUGAGGUGUUACGAGCACAAACAAUACAAAAAUGGGUUGAAAUUCGCGAAGCAGAUCCUGUCAAAUCCCAAGUUCAGCGAGCAUGGAGAGACCUUGGCGAUGAAAGGGCUCACUCUGAAUUGCUUGGGUCGUAAAGAAGAAGCGUAUGAUCAUGUGCGGCGUGGCCUCAGAAAUGACCUACAGUCCCAUGUUUGUUGGCAUGUUUACGGUCUCCUACAGCGGUCAGACAAGAAGUACGAUGAAGCAAUCAAAUGUUAUAGAAAUGCACUCAAGUGGGAUAAGGAUAAUAUUCAGAUUCUCAGGGAUCUGUCGCUGCUUCAAAUACAGAUGAGGGAUCUGGAGGGCUACAAGGAUACCAGAUAUCAGUUGUUCAUGUUACGUCCUACUCAACGAGCUUCUUGGAUUGGUUUUGCCAUUUCAUACCAUUUGUUGAGAGAUUAUGAGAUGGCGUUGAAAAUUUUAGAUACCUUUCGGAACUCUCCAAUGAUAUGUUAUGAUUACGAGCAUAGUGAGUUGCUGCUGUACCAGAACAUGGUCAUCCAGGAAUCAGGGGAAAGUGAACAAGCAUUAAAACACUUAGACAAGUACAGUGAUCAAAUCUGCGACAAGGUUACUGUGAAAGAGAUUUAUGGUAAAUUGAGACUCCAAUUGAAUCAGUAUGUGGAAGCAGAACAGGUGUACAAGGAGCUGUUAGAUAUUAAUCCGGAAAACACGACGUAUUAUAUUAGGCUAGCAGAGGCUGAGAGACAUACUUCGCCGAGUGAAACAUUGCAUAUGCUCCAAAGAUACGAAGAUUUGUUUCCUCGUGCGUUAGCGCCACGUCGUUUGCAACUCAAUUACGCGGCAGGGGAUGAAUUUAAAACCCUGGUGGACCGAUAUUUACGAAGAGGGCUUCACAAAGGUGUACCGCCGUUAUUCGUAAAUCUUCGCUCGUUAUACACUGAUAAGCAAAAAGUUGAAAUCAUAUCAUCUCUACUUGUGCAAUACAAGGAGGCAUUAAAACUUCACGGACAUUUUAGCGAUGAAGAGAAGGAUAAUCCGAGAGAACCGGCGUCCGCUUUAUUAUGGACGUAUUAUUAUUUAGCACAACAUUACGAUUAUCUUGGUCAAACGGAAAAGGCGUUGAUCGAGAUUGACGCUGCCAUAGAUCAUACUCCUACGCUUAUAGAACUUUUUGUUACCAAAGGACGCAUUUACAAGCAUGCGGGGAACGUCCAUGAAGCUUACAAGUGGUUGGAUGAAGCGCAAGGCUUGGAUACAGCUGACCGAUAUAUUAACUCUAAAUGUGCCAAGUAUAUGCUUCGUGCGAAUCUUAUUAAGGAAGCGGAGGAGACUUGUGGAAAGUUCACGAGAGAGGGAGUUUUAGCUAUGGAGAAUUUAAACGAGAUGCAAUGCAUGUGGAUCCAAACGGAAGCAGCCUACGCUUAUAUGCGUCUUGGGAAGUACGGGGAAGCUUUAAAAAAGUGUCACGAAGUUGACAGGCAUUUCUCGGAAAUUAUAGAGGACCAAUUUGACUUUCAUACUUACUGCAUGCGGAAGAUGACGUUACGAUCUUAUGUCGGCCUUCUGAGGUUAGAGGACGUUCUUCGGGCUCAUCCGUUUUACUUCAAAGCAGCGCAGUGUGCAGUAGAGGUCUACCUACGGCUGCACGAUUAUCCUUUGCCGGAUCCAGCGCAAACGCAAGAAAUCGACACCGAGAAUCUGGCGCCAUCUGAGCUGAAGAAGCUAAGGAACAAACAGAGGAAACAGCGCAGAAAGGCCGAACUGGAACGACAGCAAGCCGCCCAAGCUCAAGAGAAAAGAGAACAGCAUAACAAAUCUCGGCAACAGGCCGACCCUGAUCUCGAGCAGCCCACACUAGACGAAUUAAUUCCAGAGAAGUUGGAAAGGGUUGAAGAUCCAUUGGAACAAGCAAUAAAGUUCUUGCAACCGUUGCAGGAACUGGCGUCGAAUAGAAUAGAGACCCAUCUGAUGGCUUUCGAGAUAUAUAUUCGCAAAGGUCGCACUCUGCUCAUGCUGCGCUCGAUAAAGCGCGCUCACAGGCUGGACGCGAACAAUCCAGACCUGCACACGUGUCUAGUGCGUUUCCUGCUGCACACCAGCGGGUCGCCGUUGGAGGGUUCGGUAGGCGAGGUGGUGAAGCGCCAAACUGCCGGGAUCUUUUCCAGUCCGAAGGCGGUACAGUUGAACGCCGAGUACUUGAAGAAGAAUAGGAAUUCACUGCCGCAUCUAUUGCAAGGCGCGAGGAUGUUGUACGUCCUGGAUCCGUCGGCGCAGCCGAAGGCGCUCUCCCUUGUGACGAGUAUCGAAGAGCUCGAGGGUGUAACAUUGAAAAACUGCACGAAGGUGCUCGAGGCGUUGCGCAACGGUGACUUCGGUGACUGCAAUGCCACGAUAGCUGAUUACAUGGCGAAAUGCCACGAGCGGUUCCCGUUCGCCACCGCGUUUCGGCCACCCGAGCCGAAAGCCAAUCAUCAAGAGAAAGAAAACUCGAUCAAGAACUGAUCCAGGCACGCGCUGUUGCAGCGUCACUGAAUCGCUAUCAUAGUUAGGCGAAGCAAUAGACGAUAGAGAGGAAAAAAGAGGGAGAAGGAGAGAGAAAAGAGAGAAGGUCCGAGUUGGGGAGAGUUCUGAUUUACGCUAGAGGAUGUUAAAAAAGAAAAUCACUUUUUAGGUGACAUCGAAGCGAAAUUGACGAAUAUGAUUAAUCAAGUAAGUCAUGUAUUAUACACGAACUUGUUCCUCGAAGAUAUUUCACGUAGUGCGAACAGUGCUGGGACAGUGCUGGAUAAACAAUCCUAAUAAAUUAUAAUACGAAGAGAUGCACGCAGACCUCGCUGCUCCUACGUGAUCCUGAAUUUCUCGUGAAACGAAAACAGAGGGAAAAGAGAGAAGACGACAUAGCUUAUUAAAUAUUAGUUAAACCUAUCGAAGCCGAUCAAUUCGACAACGCUCUACUCAACGUAGAGACUACGACGAUGCUAAGCGAAAAUGGAAGGGACGGGGGUGAGAUGGAUCGACGAAAGAGUGCGGACUAUUUUAGUGUACGGGACGUGCAGUGUGUAAAAUAAGACGUGCGAGACUAACACAUUGGUACAAAAAAAAAAAAGAAAAGAAAAGACAAGACUUGUAUACAUACAUACGCGCGCUCUGUGCGAAUAUUUCUACUCAACGUUAAGGUGUACAAUUUCCAGCGAUGCCUACGUAAUACUCUACUAUGUAGAGGCCGCAAAACGCUAGACGAUCAUCGAGCACCGAUACUGUACCGCGCAUGUCCGUCGCUGCAUUCGGAUGGGCUCCGUUCCCACGCAUCAUGUAAACUAAACUUCAGAUUCGCCUCAUCCGUGAACUGUUGAUUCGAGUGAACAAAAGAAAAAAAAAUGAUCUAGUUUCUCCUCUUACUAGAAUAUACAAUUUUUAUUUCUGUGUUUGUCCAGGGUAAUGAUCUACGUUUGGAUUGGAGCCCUGAUAUUCCAUCGAGCAGUCAAUAAGGAAGUAGUGUCCGUUUGCGAAAGUCUCUCUGUGAAAGUUACUAUAGGAACGAUAAACUGCGUAUUGUAUACGCAAGCUACCAAAGUAUAUCAUAAAUCGAGAAGCUAUUAGUGCUGAUAGCGAAUAUUGUACGUGUGUACAUCGACGGAUGAUUACGGAAAUUUUAAUAAACACUGAAGGUUAAAGCAUAUAUAUGUAUAUAUAUAUGCGCCCCGACAUAUAUCGAUAUAUAUGCAAUACAUAUAUAUCGGUACAAGUCGGAGGAUGUCGCGCGAUUACCUCGUUUAAUUUCAGAAAUAACGCUGCGUAUUUAUAAGUUUUGUCAGUUGCCCCUCCCCUCGUGAAAAAAAGAACAUUUUCGAUACGAAGGUCACAUAGAUACUACCGAGCUAUUAAUAACGUUUGUACAUAUUUCAAGUACUAUAUCAAUAAGUGUAUAUGUCUUACGACUUUCUUUCAAUGAUGGCGGAUGAAGUUUGCCGUCUCGAUAUUGUCUGAAUCAAUAUUGUCUGAAUCAAUAUUGUCUGAAUGUUGAUCACCUAUUCAAACACGUCAUAACAGUAAUCAUAAACAUAUAGUAGAUAUUUACAUUUCAUUAUAUUAGUUAUAAUGUAUAUUUACCUCCUUAAUCACACACAUACGUACACACAGACAUACACGCAUACAUUUAUCAAAAAUAUCUUAUACCGGCUGCUGUCACAAAACGAAAAAUGGUGAAUCGAUGGAAUAAUCUUUACUAAACGAAGCCGCUUAAUCUCGAAAGAUGAUCAUUCUUCAGCUAUUCCUUCCGUAAAUGCAUGGAGAUCCACUCACGGCGCUAUAAAACUGUUACUAAGAAGUGAAGAAAAAUUGAAUGUAAUCGCUUUUGUUGCUAGUCGUUGAUGUAUAGCUUGGUAGAGGAGGCACAUUAAACUCUGGCAAGUUUAUUAGAUCGAUUCCUAGAACGCGGUAUAAACUACACGGUCGGUACGUAUAAUUCUAUCAUUCUAUUGGGGAUACCACAUGAGAACUUCGUAACCCGUGCAUCUACCGAAGAAUAGUCAUUUCUCUAAAUUUCUCACUUUUUAUUUGAACGUUAUCGUUUCUACGAUAUCACAUCACAUGUGGUGUGAAACGUGAAUAUACGAAAAUAUAUUUACGGGUUGACUUUUGAGAUUGCUCCAAUCUUUAUCGGAGAUUAUUACCUCAAUAUGAAAAUUUCCAUCAUGCACACAGGCAAAUAUCAAAAGAGAGAAAAUGAAUAAUGCUAACCGCGAGUUGCAUUCGAAUUUGUCGAGAUUACAACAUCUAGAUUCGUCUUUCAAUCCCUAACUUAAUAUUACACGACAAAUUAGCUCGAGUUAUUCUUUAGACUGUAUCUUCCAUCAUUUCCAAGCACAAUUGGAUUCAUCACACAGAAUGAAGAUGAUGGUUUUGCAAAACUACAUUUUUUAGUAUGUCAACAGCAAUAAUCAUGACAAUAUUUUCUUUUUUUUGAGAGUAACUCGCAAUUACCGUGAACAUUAUUAAAACAGAAUUGUAUUAAUAGUCGUUACUCGAAACUUGUUUCGAGUGUGUGUGUAUGUGUGUGUAUGUGUACGAAAUACUCAGAUUUGAAUUUAGAGUUACAUCAGAUGUGAAUUUUUUAAUUGAAUCAACGAUUACAAAUAUAAUGUUACAUAUAUGAUUCAAUUAGAAAUUUCAGAUCUUGCUCUAAAUUCCGAUUUAAGUAUACAUCACACAAAUUUCAAGUAACAACUAUUAAUACAGAUUGUAAACAAAUGAGAAAUGCCAUUCUACAUUAUUCUCUCAAUGUCACAAAAUAGUUCACAUAUCCUCAGAAUCUAUUGAAAUAUUUUGUUUCAUAAAAUAGAGUGAUGUAAUCACAUAUUCAUAGAUAGUAUAUUUCUAUACUCAUUGACCCUGACGCAUAGCAAUCGAGUAUAUAGUAAAAGUGAAAGACACACGAUAAUACAUUUUAAUUAUAUUUUAAUGGACAACAUUUUCAAAUGUUAUAUCCAAUUGCGCGAUAUACACAGAAUACACGCUCUUUGGAAAUAUAUAAAUUUUUUGCAACAUUAAAAAAAAACUUCUAUGUGAUGAAUUCACAGACUCCAUAAUAUAAUCAUACUCAUUGUGUCCAACUUCUCCUACAUUAUAUUCAGGACUGAGAAAAUAUGUGGAAUAACAUUUUAAUUAAACGGAUUUGGAUAUGUAUAGUAUGUAUAUAAAAAGUACAUAACACACACAUACAUACACGCGUGCGCGUCUAAACAUUCUUAUGUUUAAUCGUUUCUUUUUAUUAUAUUAAAUCACCACAAAAAUAUUAUAUCAUGUAAAACUGGUCUACCUUAUCCGCUUAAUUCAAAAGAGAAAAUAAACACUGUUACAUAUUUCUACCAUGCCAUAAGUUUGCAUCACUGUUUACAUUUGUACAGCAGAUAAAAUGCAGUUGUCAUAUACUUAAUCCUAUCUUAGUUUAAUCGCAGUUGUUUCACUUUCUGUAUAUUAAGUUUUAUUUAUUUUUUGCAUCCUCAUGGAAGAAGAAAAUUAUCAGAUCUGUAAAGAUUGAAGAAAGAGCAGGUACACUUCCCCUGCAUUUGUACCUAUUCUUAAUUAUUAAAUUUUAUAUGUAAA